CCCGGCAGCCCCAAUGCCAGUCGGGACGACUAGCUCGCGCGCGCGCGCGCGACGUCCCUACUCGGCGGCUCCGGCCGCGGGUCCCCGAUCCCACCACCAGGCACCAGCAAUGAUAUAUAAAGCACAGGCACUCACCAGAAUCGCUAAACCUCAGAGCCACUCCAUUAUUAUUUCCAGAAAAAGCUCCGCACCCAAUAAUUCUCCAAAGCAAGCAUCUGCAUCAUACAGCACUAGUUCGUUCGCACGACACUCCCGCCACCGCGCUUCGAGGCGCUUUGGUGUUGGUGGUGGGGAUGAGCCGGGGGAGCAAGCUCCGGUGGCUAUGGCGUGCGCCGGCGCGGGCGCUGGGGCGGGCGCGGGACAUGUACGUGCGGGGGCUGACGGGGUGCGCGCGCUACGUCCCCGCCGACGCCGGGUUCGGCUACCCCGUGUUCGUGCCGGCGCCGCUGUCGCGGAGCCACAGCGCCGACUGGCGGGGUGGCGCCGGGUCCGGCGCCGACGAGGACCUGCGGGAGCUGGUCCGCGCCGCGUCGCAGCGCCGCGUGGAGCAGCGGCGCGCCGAGCUGCAGGCCGUGGCCAGGAGCCAGAGCAUGGCCGCCUCGCUGUCCAUGGCGCGGAUCGACGAGGACGCGCCGUGCGAGUUCGGGGCCGACGCCGGCGACGGCCCCGGCGCGCUGUACCCGAGGAGCCAGAGCUGCGUUGGUGACGCCGCGGGGAGGAGGGCACAUGCCCACCGCCGGCACGGGAAGGUGGUGGCCUUGGUCUGACGGAGCUGCUGCUGCUUCUGGUCUGGCUGCUGCCCGGCCGCCGUCAGUGACACAGUGUGUGCGAUCGUGUCAUGCGCUGUCUUUGAUCAUGUCAAUACUCGAAAAGUUGGAUAUUUUUGCUGUC